AAUAACAAGAACGUUAACCAUAUGUUUUCAUGUUUUCAUGUCCUUUUUGGUUAAGGUGUUAACGCUCACACUUGCUUGUUUGGAAGUUCUGGCCUUGUUUUUUAAAUGUACUUUUCUUAUUAGUAUCUUCUAUAUUCUACAACAUCCUCUUCUUAGUCCAAAUUAUCUAGGUUAAACAUGGCAAAUGUUGUUCAGUAUAUUGUUGUCAGAGGAGACCUUCUGAGCCAUUUAGGAUGGCCUGUUGGGGCUUUGAUCGCUCAAGCUUGUCAUGCUUGUACUGCUGUAACCCACCUAUUUCAUGAUGAUGAACAUAUGAAAGUAUAUCUCUCAGAUUUGGAUAAUAUGAGGAAGGUUGUGUUGGAAGCAGAUGGUGAAAGCUCACUUCGUGAGUUGUCUACAAAACUUGAAGAAGGUGGUGUCCUGCAUAAGCUUUGGAUUGAGCAGCCUGAGAAUAUUCCUACUUGUAUUGCUGUUAAACCGCAUCCUAAGGAAGAAAUCCAAAAGUAUUUUAAGAAAUUUAAAUUAUUCAAAGCAAUCCCACCAGCACCCAAAUAGAGAUAAAACCUGUGUUAUUUUCAGAAAGGAAUCAAAUAAAAAACAAACUUUGAAAAAAAAAACCUACAGAAAUUUAUUGAUACAUUAUCAAAUCUAGAAAUAAUACACACAUCCUUUACUAUUGAUUACAUUUCAAUAAAUGUGUUACAUUAUCUGGACUGAGCUUGUAUCAAUUAAAUCUAAACAAUAUUUUACAAGUAAAGUACAUAGAUACUAUGUCACUUAAGCUUACAAUAGAAGCAAAGGUCACAUAGUGCAUAUCUGAGAUAGAUCUCUUACCUACAAGUAGUGGACAUUUUGUCAUUACGCACUAGAGGCACCCACUACAGCUGAUAUCCGUAGGAAAAACAGUACAGAAGAAAUGGACAACAUUGUACAUAUUUGCUUUCAUUCUUAUUGUAAUGUCACUGAGUAAUUAAAAACAUAGAAAGUCUUUCAAACAGAAAUAAAAGAAAAAAGGACAAACAUUAAUGGUUAGGGGAGGUAAUUUAUUAAGCAUGAGUAGGAGAGAAGCCUUGCUUGAAUAGGAAAGGACAAUUCUAGACUGAAAGCCAAUUAAAA